UCUUGGCUUGGUGGCUGGGAAGACAGACACACAGCACAGAGAACAAGAUUCUCUUCCUGAGCAGUAGCAGCGGGAACAGGCCUGCCUGGAGGACCUACGGUCCUCAGUAGGAAUGGGCUGCAGGCGAAAAAGGGAAGAAGUUUCUGUUUUUGGCAAUGGCCCUCUUUGUAUAUGAAGACCCCUGGCCCUGGCCUUCUGAGCCAUGAAGGCGGACAGAGCACCCAAUUGUCUUCUCUCCUUCUUCCCUCUGGCCUCCCGCCUCUCAGGCCAACCUCGAGGUGGGUCCCCAGUGGUCCAACUGCCCCUGCCCUGCUUGGGACUUCGGCACUGGGGGCGUACGGACUCCGGGGCGGCGGCCGGGAGGAAAUGCGGGGCCUGUCCCGGGGCGUUGAGGAAGUUGCCCAAAAUGAGGAAGCCCCACGAGCUCGGCGGCUGAGGAGACUCCGGCAGCAGGAGAAGUGAGCAGGAGCCCCAGGCCUCGCGCUGCUCCCAGAGAGCCCCAGGAACGCGCCCGCCCGGCGCUCAACUCCCUUUGCUCAUCUUUGAACUAGGACCCCGCGCCGCCCCGCCCUUGGCUCACCUGCGCUGGUAGACUCUGUGUGCCCUUGGCCGUGAGGGGAGACAGGCAUGGCCUCAGGUGUGGCUGACCACCUGCCCUUCUUCUUUGGCAACAUCACCCGGGAGGAGGCUGAGGACUACCUGGUCCAGGGUGGCAUGAGUGACGGGCUCUACCUGCUGCGCCAGAGCCGCAAUUACCUGGGUGGCUUCGCCCUGUCAGUGGCACACGGGCGCAAAGCACACCACUACACCAUUGAGCGGGAGCUGAAUGGGACCUAUGCCAUCGCGGGUGGCAGGGCACAUGCCAGCCCUGCUGAGCUCUGCCACUACCACUCCCAAGAGUCAGAUGGCCUCAUCUGCCUCCUCAAGAAGCCUUUCAACCGGCCGCCUGGGGUGCAGCCCAAGACUGGACCCUUCGAGGACCUGAAGGAGAACCUUAUCCGGGAGUACGUGAAGCAGACCUGGAACCUGCAGGGCCAAGCUCUGGAGCAGGCCAUUAUCAGCCAGAAGCCUCAGCUGGAGAAGCUGAUCGCCACCACGGCCCAUGAGAAAAUGCCCUGGUUCCAUGGAAAAAUCUCUCGGGAUGAAUCUGAGCAAAUUGUCCUGAUAGGAUCAAAGACAAAUGGAAAAUUUUUGAUCAGGGCCAGGGACAACAAUGGGUCCUAUGCCUUGUGCCUGCUACAUGAGGGCAAAGUGCUGCACUACCGCAUCGACAAGGACAAGACAGGGAAGCUCUCCAUCCCAGACGGCAAGAAGUUUGACACGCUCUGGCAGCUAGUCGAACAUUAUUCUUAUAAACCAGAUGGUUUGUUAAGAGUUCUUACAGUUCCAUGUCAAAAAAUCGGGCCACCAGGAAAUACUAAUCCUGGAUGUCGUCCACAACUUCCAAGUUCCCAUCCAGCGACUUGGUCACCGGGUGGAAUAAUCUCAAGAAUCAAAUCAUACUCCUUCCCAAAGCCUGGCCACAGAAAGGGCACCUCAUCUCAGGGGACCCGGCCAGAGAGCUCCGUGACGUUCAACCCCUAUGAGCCAGACCGAGGCUCAGAAAGAGAAGCCCACAGAGAAGCCUUGCCCAUGGACACAGCAGUAUAUGAAAGCCCCUAUGCAGACCCUGAGGAGAUCAGGCCGAAGGAGGUCUACCUAGACCGGAACCUGCUGACCCUGGAGGACAAAGAACUAGGCUCUGGUAACUUUGGCACUGUGAAGAAGGGCUAUUACCAAAUGAAAAAAGGUGCAAAAACAGUAGCGGUGAAAAUCCUGAAAAAUGAGGCCAAUGACCCAGCUCUAAAGGAUGAACUGUUAGCAGAAGCCAAUGUCAUGCAGCAGCUAGACAACCCUUACAUUGUGCGUAUGAUCGGGAUCUGUGAAGCUGAGUCCUGGAUGCUGGUCAUGGAGAUGGCAGAACUUGGUCCACUCAAUAAAUAUUUACAGCAGAACAGGCAUGUCAAGGAUAAGAACAUCAUAGAGCUGGUUCAUCAGGUUUCUAUGGGAAUGAAGUAUUUGGAGGAGUGCAAUUUUGUGCAUAGAGAUCUGGCCGCAAGAAAUGUAUUGCUGGUUACUCAACAUUAUGCCAAGAUCAGUGAUUUUGGACUUUCCAAAGCACUUCGUGCUGAUGAAAACUACUACAAGGCCCAGACCCAUGGGAAGUGGCCCGUGAAGUGGUAUGCUCCGGAAUGUAUCAACUACUACAAGUUCUCCAGCAAAAGCGACGUCUGGAGCUUCGGGGUGCUAAUGUGGGAAGCAUUUUCCUAUGGGCAGAAGCCAUACCGGGGGAUGAAAGGAAGUGAAGUUUCUGCUAUGCUGGAGAAAGGAGAGAGGAUGGGGUGCCCCCCAGGGUGUCCGAGAGAGAUGUAUGAUCUGAUGAACCUGUGUUGGACGUAUGACGUGGAGAACAGACCCGGAUUUGCAGCGGUGGAACUGCGGCUGCGCAAUUUCUACUAUGACGUGGUGAACUAAGACUCGUGGGCCUGUUUGUGCAGCCUCUGAGCAAAUGAGUCAUCACAGGCAAACUUACUACAAUGCAUGGAUUUUGAGUCUCCACCUCCCACAGCCCACUGGAAGAGCCACUCUCACAGGCACUUACCUGUGACUCUGGUUCCCCAAAGCCUGUGGGACAACAUACCCUCCAUAGAACAAACCUGCUGGGAGGAGCUGUGGGAGAAAGACAGACAAGAGGGUCAACAGAAACUGUGAAUUCCUUUGUGCUUCUUGUCUGAGUGGUUUUCAUGGCAGGUUCUUUUCAGGAUCUGUUUUCAGCUUUCCUUACUAUCUUUUCAGUUCUCUGGCUCCUGGGCUGCUCUGACCCCCACCCCCACAGCCUGGAGAUAUCGCCAUGUGGUAUCCAGCCACUGGUCUUGCAUUGUCAGCGCCCAGCGGGCACAAUGACACCUAUGAUCCCUGCAAUGGAGGACUAGAAGGGAGAGGACAAGGGGAUUUGGCUUAAAUGGGCCUUGUGACUGGCCUUGCCCCUGAAAAGCUUUCCUAAUGGUAAAAGUGCCUCGAGGCUUAAAAAUUAAGUUCUACCAGUGCGGCUUCUAAGGUGUAGCCAGUUAAAGGGAAUGAAGUCUGGAUACUGCUUUUGCUCUGUGUGUUCUGAGCCAGAGUCUUGUGUCUGCAUGAAAAGUGUGGCCUGCUGGAAGGACUGGCUUACUGGCCCCCUGAAAGCCUCUCUCCUGCAGACUCUCUGAAGACUGUGCCUGACUGGAGAUCCUGCAGGAGAAAGGAUGUCCAUCAUCUUGAGCACGUGGCAGACAGACAGUAGGGCGCUGUGGGCUGUUGCUGUCGUGUAGUUAGUGUGGCUCUGCUUCCUCUUCCUUGAAGAAAGGGUACAGACAGACUUCCUAUCUUUUUCUGUAUUCACAAAGAGACACCCUGGUGGCCAAGGGCAUGUAAAGAUGAGUUUGUGAAGAAAGUGUUAAUUCAUAAUAAAGUCACAGACCCUGAUGCUCCCACAAGUAGGCUUUAUCGAGUGUGAUGUGGGGGUGAAAAUACAAAACUCAAGACUUAUUUUCUAGUCUCCUAGUCUUAGUUAAUCUUCAACUAAUGUCUGAUCUUACACAAGUCAUCCGACCACUGAUAAUCAGUUUUGCUGUGGCCCCUCAAAAUUAGAGCUAUUUAGACAUCAUUCUUAGGUCAGUCAAGUAAUAAACUUGGACCAUCUGGAAUUCAGCUAUGCCUAAGACAGUUUAAAGUGUACUUCCAGCCCAUGAACACGAGAGGAGGCCCUGCUCCUAACAGAGGGAAGCUAGACAUGGAGAAAGCAGCAGUCAGCAUGCUUGCUUGGCCAGAAUAAGACACCACUUGCUCACAGAACUUCUGUUAAGAAACUUUUAGAAACCAUCCAUGCCUUUUAGAAUUGUGCUACCUGGUGGGUUAAUAGUUUUGUUAAGUGGAGAUUCUGUGUGUGUUGAGCAGAUACUCAAAACAGUAGCACUACACAUUUAGACUCCCCCAAAUUAAAAAGAUUAAUGACAGCCCUGGCUGCUGUGGCUCAGUGAGUUGAGUGCCAGCCAGCAAACCAAAGGGUCACUGGUUCAAUUCCCAGUCAGGGCACAUGCCUGGGUUGCAGACCAAGUCCCAGGUUGCACAAGAGGCAAUCACACAUUAAUGUUUCCCUCCUUUUUCUACCUUCCCCUCUAAAAAUAAGUAAAAUUAAUCUUUUAAAAAAAGAUUAAUGACAGUCUCUGGUCAGAUGACAUGUAGAUUUAGAACCCUAAAGGGAAGGAUUGCACACAUUGGUGAUGGCAUCUAAGAAAAUGGGUGUACUGUUGACUCCUGGUGUCUUCCCUCUUCUGUCCCCAGAGUGGUGUCUGUGGGAAAGGCCACACUGGCAGGAAUCUGGGGGCAUACAUUGAGCUCCCUCCUGGGAGUAUUUCCCUCACUCUCCAGCAGCUUUCUGCCACUCCCAAAACUCUGGUGAUGAAGACCAUCUAGAAUGUGAGUUGGCAAUAGGGAAGAGGGGCCUGGCUCCCCCAGAAACCUAGCCUACAAGCUGUGGGUGCCCCUGUCCUCCCCUGUGACUUCCUGGUGGCAUGGGGUGUUCCUGUGUGUAGAAUUACCACUGUGGCAGUGUGUGGAAGUCUUUCCAGUGAAAAUAUGUGCUUUCUCCAGAGGAGGGCACAGAGGGAAAGGCAACUUCACUGAAGAAGGACUUAAAAUGUGAAUGAGCCAACUUUGGAAGGUAAAGACUUCGUAGGGGCAUUUAGCUUAUACUUGAUUGUCACAUGGGUGCUGCCCUUCUUGUGGCUCUAGCCAUGUCUUUACAUGAGUCUGGGCUUUACAUGGGUCAUGUGCCUUCACCUUCUGAUCCUCGUUUAGUGGGAACACCAGAGCAUUGUGGACAGAUAUGCUGCCCUGGCCAGGCCAGCACCAAUUGACUGCUGAGGCUAUGACCUUGACCCCUAGUGGGAUCAAAAUUUUUCAUAACAGAAACAUAGUCUAUCCUGUGGUUAAAAUAAUCAUGUGUGUUUCAUUGGAGCAUGUCCUUCCCCAUACUUGGUGUCACCAGCCUUGCUUUUAUUUUUUGGAUGUUGACUUCACAUUUACAACAACCAGCCCAAGGACUGUGUUCCACCCAGAUUUUCACACACAGGGGUGACCACUGGAUUUUCAGCCCCUCACCCCUAACCUCCCAAAGAGCACACUUGACCAGUUAAGCAGUAUCCUCCUUCUAUUCCAGAAGACCUACUUUUUGUCACUGGACUUCUUUAAAACUAUAAUUAUUAAUAAAAGUUUAAAUUGUGAUCA